CUCGUUUAGGGACUGCUUUGAGCACAGUAGGCUAUUCAAACAAACACUCAGUGCUUUUUUACAACCAUAUCACUCAUUAUAGGCCUAAUGCUAUGUUAAUGCUUGACAGGUCUGUAAAUCUCUGGAGUUUACAAACGUGUUUCGUUGUAGACUGACCCUACACUUGCGCAAGACUUAAGUGGAUCUGAUCUGACCGUGGUCCAAACACGAACAUGUGAACUUUGUCCUAGCAGAACAGAAAACGUUGACUGCCCACCACCGACGGACUUCCUCAAAACAAACGCAACAGCAUGCUACAACUAGCCUAACUUAUCUAUUAUUGAUCUCCUACAAAAGUUACCAACAUGCGAAAACGAUCCGACAAAUCAAGUGCAGUUCACCAGGAAACAAGCCAUGUUAAAGUGCAAGAAAGGCAGUCUUCGAGGUCUAAAAGGUGCACUAGGGUAUGUGUGCAAAUUGUGGUGGCUAUUAGUAUUCUGUACUUGUGCAUACCUUUUGCACAGCGACUUUUCCCUGGAAUCCUGAGCCAUCCAAUGUUCUCUUAUGUUGCUCCUUUCUUCACCGAUCUCAGUCGUCCAGCAGACUUUUCCCUCAAUCACACGGUUAACCUCUACCUGUCAUCGGAGGAAGGCAUAAGUCUGGGAAUAUGGCACACAGUUCCAGACACCCAUUGGCAGGAAGCUCAGGGGAAGGAUCUGGGAUGGUACGAGCAGACCUUACAAAUGGGAGCUCCAGUAGUCAUCUACCUGCAUGGAAAUGGGGGCACGAGGUGCUGCACUGAGUCAGGCGCCACUCACAGACUUGGAGUUGUGAAUCUUUUGAGUGCUGCUGGCUUUCAUGUUUUAUCACUGGACUACAGAGGUUUUGGAGAUUCCUCUGGUGAACCGACUGAAGCAGGCCUGACUACUGACGCCCUCUAUGUGUACCAGUGGGUAAAAGCACGCAGUGGGAGUAGCCUGGUGAUAUUCUGGGGACAUUCACUGGGCACAGGAGUUGCCACUAACACUGCAGUGAGACUACAAGAACAAGGCACCACUAUUGAUGGAGUUAUACUAGAGGGAGCAUUCUCAAAAGUACCCAAAGGAGGAGCCUUCCAUCCAUUUACCUGGUUUUAUCGGAGAUUCCCCUAUUUUGAAUAUCUUUUCCUGGACCCCAUGUCAAAGAACAAAGUGGUCUUCCCAAGUGAUGAAAAUGUUAGGAAGAUGACGUCUCCACUACUGAUUCUUCAUGCUGAAGAUGACCAUCUUGUGCCAUUUCACAUGGCUCAGGAGCUGUUUGAAAUUGCACGGAAUUCCCGAAACUCAAAUGAACUCGUCAAGCUUGUUCCUUUUGAGGGUUCCCUUGGAUACCUGCAUAAUGGGAUCUACCGGGAUCCUCGACUUCCUGACAUCAUUAAACAGUUUGUGUCUUCAUUGAAAAUGUGACAUAAGCAUCAUCGAGUGGAAUCCGCAGUCUAGAGUAUUGUAUUGAUUGUAAUUUUUAUAUUAUGGAGACUAACACUACCGGACUGAAUUACUGAAUCAGUCCCACAGAUUAUCAUCAUUCACAUAAAAAUGAUCUACAUUACCACGAAUAGUCAAUUAGGUUGUCACAUGACAAAUAAAUAUUGUUAAAUAUUUAUUAAAGGGACACCAGGCAA